AUGCCCACAAUCAGCUCAUUCCCACCUUGCCCUCUCCUACCAGAGCUACUCAUGUCAAUCUUCGACGACUACCAAUCCACAUGCUCCGGCUCGGCGCUCAUCUCCCUCAUAUGUCUUUCGCGCGAACUCUACCAGCAACACGUCCACAGGCUUUACCGCACGGUCAAUCUCCACAUGGGCAACGCUCACCUUUUCUACCGAGAGAUCUUGGAGCCUUUCGAGCUCGAUGUGAUGGAGCAUGAGGAGCAGUGGAAGAGGCUAGCAGGCAAAGGAGGGAGGGAGCAAGGUACGCGUCUGGGUCCUCACGUCUUCCGGCCAGGGCAAAGUCUUCUCAACAAGAUCUGUCUAUGCUGGGAGGUCGAUCACAUCUCCAUGCUCGACCUGGCUGCGAUAGACAACGCCGACGCCGCGGGCGGACGGCUUCAGCUCCUCGCCAACCAUGUCUACAAGGUCCUCGGAACUGCAACCCAAGCGCAGACCCAGCGAUCCCGUCUUUACAUCUUUCACUGUGAGGUCUACCUAUCCUUGACCUGGGCUUCCAUUCAGCCCCUCUGCACCGACCCUGAGGGUUUUUCGCCGAGGACACACAUGUCUCGAGGGGCAUUCGGCUACGCCUGGGCUAACCGGCCUUAUGUGUGCUUGGAUCUGCCGCCCGUCGGCGAAACAUGUGCACUCUCGGUACCUGAUUUGUAUACCGUCUUGGAGACUAUUCUGUCAAUAAGCAGAGUCUUCACACUGCAUAAUUGUCCUCCAAUCGACUUGUCCUCUUACCCAGCCUCUGCCGAUUUUCAUCCAGAAAGGCGUCUAGCUUCGGUCGCCUUCAAUGCGGCGUAUGCGCCCAUCUAUCUUGUUCCUGAUCUGGAGAGUAUGGUGACUGAGUGCGUCCAGAAGGCCGUUCAAGGACAUCGAGUCAAAGGUUCAUCACCUGAAGGUCACCGCUUCGAGUUUGAGAGAUUCAGUGAAGUUACCGUUUCCCGAUUGGAAGGUCUUCUGCGCCUUCAAGAACAGAGAGUCAAGUGUUAUCAGGCGACAAAAGCAUAA